AUGGCCUGGCCCGGCCUGGCCUGGACGGCCUGCCAGCUGCUCGUACGUCGUGUGAUGUCUGCCGGGCUGCGGACGCGCCUCCAGCCUGACCCGGCAUGGCCGCUGCCUGCCCGUGGGCCCCUCAGCUUCUCUGCCUAUAUGCCUGUCGGCUGCCCCGCGCUGCCCCGUGCUGCUUGUCUGCCUGCCUCGUCGUCGUCGUUGGCCACCACGAUAUCGCCAGGCGACGGGUCGCCCGUGCGUGACGAGCAGAUGGGGGCUCGUCGCCGUCGGACUCUGAACGGUCAGCCAUCAGGUCCCAGACCUCACGCCAGCACGCAGAGGGGUCGCCGCCAUUCGCUGGGUCAGGCGGCAGACCGAAGUACGGCACACCGUCUGCGCUGUACUCCAUCUCGUCCUCCGCUCUACGUCGGCCUGCCUCUCUGUCGUCGUCGUCGUCGUCCUUGUCGCCGGGUGACCGAGUGA